CCCGCCCAUUCCACCAUGUUGACGGCCGCUCUGUCACACAGCAGGGCUGCUCGUCGGCCGGAGCUCCUUCACCGCCUCAUGUCCGGCUGCGCCAUGGCUGCACGGCCCCGCACCGUCCUCGGCACCAUGGAGUUCGGCCGCCGCGCCGAUGCCCAGCAGAGCGCGCUCAUGGUGAAGGCCUUCACGGAGCGCGGGCACGUGGAGCUGGACGGCGCGUUCAUGUACGCGGAGGGGCGCACGGAGCAGAUCAUCGGCAGCCUGGAGCUGGGCCCGGCAGUGUUGAUCGCAACCAAAGUAAAUCCAUGGGAUGGGAAGACAUUGAAAGCAGACAGUGUUCGAUGUCAGUUCAAGACGUCGUUGGAGCGCCUUCAAAGGAAGAGUGUUGAGAUCCUCUACCUCCAUGCUCCAGAUCACGAGACACCAGUUGAGGAAACAUUGGCUGCUUGUCAAGAGCUUUACAAACAGGGCAAGUUUAAGGAACUUGGCCUCUCCAACUAUACUUCAUGGGAGGUGGCAGAAAUCUAUUCGAUCUGUAAACACAACAACUGGAUUCUUCCCACCGUCUAUCAGGGCAUGUAUAACGCCAUAACCCGGCAAAUAGAAGUGGAGCUCAUACCCUGUCUCCGUUAUCUAGGGAUGAGAUUUUAUGCUUACAACCCGCUGGCAGGUGGGCUGCUGACUGGGAAAUAUCAGUUUGAGGACAAGUUUGAGAAACAACCCACUGGUCGCUUCUUUGGUAACAAUUGGGCCGAGGCGUACAGAAACAGGUACUGGAAGGAGCAUCAUUUCCGAGCCAUAGAUUUGGUGAAGAAAGCAAUAGAUGAAACCUAUGGGUGUGGGAAGACAAGCCUGAUAUCAGCAGCAUUACGAUGGAUAUAUCACCAUUCCAAGCUUCAGGGAGAUCUUGGGGAUGGUGUUAUCCUUGGGAAUUCAUCACUGGAACAGCUUCAACAGAACUUGACUGCCGCUGAGGAAGGACCACUUGCUUCUUCAGUAGUCGAUGCCUUCAAUGAAGGUUGGAAACUUGUCGCACAUGAUUGCCCAAAUUAUUUUCGAUAAAUCAGUCGAAAUAUUGGACUGAAUCUUCCAAUCUAAAUGCUGACAGUUACAGGAGUACUUACAAUUGUUUUCAUUUGGAAGGUGGCUGGAUCAGUGGCGUGGCCUGUCAUUUACCAGCCACCUUCCACUCACUGAUGACUCCCCUUAGUCCUGGGAGAUGGAGCUGCCCAGUCUUUGCAUUGCCAGGCGGUUCUGUUGAUCAGUAAUCCAGCCCAGCCCAGCCAAGCCUUGUCAGCACACUGCAACUCCAGAGUAAGAAGAUGUCUCUGGUUGAGGGACACCGGAAACCAAUGGGGUCUCUGGUUCAAUCAAGAUCAACACGGAUUGGGGUGGAGAGUGGGAAGAGAUGUUGUGUACAUUAUAUGCUCAUAUCUUCGUUUACCAAAUUUCUGGGGCAAUUUAAAUAAAGACAGUGAGCUUAAUAUUUUUAGUGACAUUUCAGUUCCCAGCUGACAGCUUGGAAAUUGUAAUUUUCUCACCAAUAGUUUUUGCCUUGGUCUGAACUCUUGCCCCCAAAAUGGGGAUAGUUGAGAAUCAUUGCCAAAGGAAAAUACACCAUCAAUCAAGCUGAGGUGGGUCAGGUCACAUCCUCCACCUCCAGCCAAGGGCUCAGUUGACUGAGCGAGAGUUGAGACAUGGCAGGUGGAUGCCAUGUCAGUUAACAUGGACCACUAAUUGAAAUAGGAAUUAAAAAAGUCAAGUAUAGCCUGGUAAAGGGAAUACAUUCCAUGAGCUGAGUGUAGUUUAAGGAGCCUGAUAGCAGUGGGUUAUGUUCAAGUGUCUUGACCCUUGGAUGUUGCUGAGCUGCUUUGAAAAAUGACAGAAUAAGGAUUGGCUGGCUGGGAUCUGUAAUCUAAAAUUACGUAGAAUCCCAGCCUGGGACAAAAAAUCUUGGUAACACGAGUGAAACAACUUAAUUACUACAGCAUAUAGCUGAUGGUGUACCCCUGAAUAGAACAUUUAAUACAUGUAGAAUCAAAAUUGUUGGCAACACAUUAUAUUUGCUUUGUUUGCUUGAAUAAAAACAAUUGAUUCUUUUUUG